AUGACGCUUGCAGGUCCCAGUAGGCUAGGCGCUUGGUCCUCGCUUGUCAUUCGUCGCAGCACCACAGGGGGCGGGGCUGCGUGCCCACAAUCAUUACGGCACUACUCGCGCACGUCAACCCUCUCGAAACCGCUGACUGCAGGGGCAGAAGCUUCAUCUUCCUCGUACGACCCUUCGGUUGCCAUCUCCGCACUUCAACAACAGCAACAGCGAGUUCGUCAGCGAAUCUCAGAAAUCGAUUCUCGUCUCGAACCACCCUCCCCCUCCCACGUCCUGCGAGACCGACAUGCCCGACAGCACACCUACCUUCGCAUCUCGCUCACCGAAAAAUGCAAUCUCCGCUGUCUCUAUUGCAUGCCUGAGGACGGUGUACCUCUGACACCUUCCAACGAGCUUCUUUCGACCUCUGAGGUGGAACGCCUUGCAUCGCUAUUCGUCUCUCAAGGUGUCAAUAAGAUCCGACUUACCGGUGGAGAGCCUACUGUUCGCUCAGAUCUACCGCAGAUUGUGUCCUCGCUGAACGAGCUCAAACAGCAUGGGCUGGAACAGAUCGGAAUUACUACAAAUGGUAUCGCGCUGGGCAAAAGGAAAUUGGAUACGCUGGUACAGAAUGGGUUAACGCAUCUGAAUGUUUCUUUGGAUACAUUGGAUUCGUUCAAGUUCGAGUUCAUGACGAGAAGGAGAGGCCAUGAAGCGGUGAUGGCCUCUAUAGAAAGGGCUCUCGCAUUAGAGAUGCCGAGUGUCAAGAUCAAUGUGGUGGUGAUCAAGGGAUUGAAUGAUAAGCAGGACGUGAUUGAUUUUGUGCGGUUUACGAAGGAUAAGCCUAUCACUAUCAGGUUCAUUGAAUACAUGCCAUUCGACGGCAACAAGUGGCAAGUGCAAAAACUUGUCCCGUAUAGGGAUUUGGUCAAGACCAUCCAAUCCGAAUUCCCGGACUUUGAACGUAUUGCCAAUCGCGACGAUCCCAACGACACUUCCAAGCAUUGGCAUGUUCCUGGUCAUCAGGGUACUGUCGGCUUCAUCACAAGACUCCGCAUCACUGCGGAUGGUAAUCUCAAGGUCUGCCUGUUCGGCAACGCAGAAGUCAGUCUUCGCGAUGCAAUGCGCACCGGCUUUGGCCCUAUACCCUCCUUGAGCGCAGGCUCAAAGGGUCAACCAGCAACAGACGACCAGCUUCUGCAACUGAUCGAAUUGCUUACCAAGAUCGUUCCACUUUUCAAUAUUAUCCGCACGUCUUCAGGUGUCCGCAACAAAGAUCGGCCUAUGCGACGCUGCGGAAAGACGGUUCGGAAAGGAUCUGGUUUUAUGGCUCCGCGCCGUGGGUAUCAUUCUUCCGCACAUCGUCAACAGCAUUCGAACAAGGUAGAGGAGGAAGAAGAGGACGACGAUGACAACCCAUGGGGCGACCUUGAUAAAGCAUUCGAGAAUCUCCAAGACAAAUCGCUUUACAAACAGGUCUACGUCAAACAUCCUGGCUCUCCUCAUGCUCCAUCCUCGGAGGAUGCGGUAGCACCUUUGAGCGCGGCAAAAGAUCCAAUCGCAGAGAUGGAAGAAGCUAUCUUCGCCCAAGCUGGUGCUGCGGCUGUGAGAGGGCCCAGUAAGCCAGAGCGAAAUGUAACGAUGGCGCCAUUGUCGGGAGUAAAGUUCUCUGAAGUGCCUCCUUCAGUGGGCGGAUCCGGCGCCGACUUGAACGGGAUUAGUAUGGAUGGGGAUGCGGGUGCUAAAUGGUCCGAAUACAUGGGUGCUACGGGGGAAGAAGACGAUUCGCCAUGGUCAUCUCUAGAUGCUUUUGCGGAUAACCCUGAGUCUUCUGCACAAUUUGCUGUUCCUCUGCACCUGCAGGAACAACAGAAGCUUAUGCAGACUAGUGCUCAACACUUCGCCACCGCGACACCCCAGCACCAUCAGCAACACCCGGCAACAGAUGCAUUCGCGGCGAAUAGCGCUUUCAUCCAACAACAAACCCAGCCUGAAUCUUCGGAAGAGGCAAUGUUCGCCCAAGCUGUAGCUCGGAUGCUCAAUCACACUUCUUCUUCCUCCUUCCACGCGAAUCAAGAGAAUCCGGGCAAUUUAUCUCACAUCGACGCCUCUGGAUCAGCAUCAAUGGUCGACGUCUCUCCCAAACCCACCACCCUCCGCUCCGCAACCGCCACGGGUCGCGUUUACAUGCCUUCUUCCGCCAUCACUCUCAUCCGCACCACAGGAGACCCAUCUGGCAAGGGCCCAGUUCUACACACCGCGCAGUUGGCUGGAAUCAUGGCUGCUAAACGAACUUCCGAUCUGAUUCCACUUUGCCACCCUCUCCCUCUUACGCAUGUCGAAGUGAAGCUAGAAGUGGAAGAUGGAGAAGAAGGUGAAGGAUGGAUGAGUGUAGAAUGCACAGCAAGAACAGCAGGUCAAACCGGUGUGGAAAUGGAAGCUUUGACAGGAUGCAUGGGCGCUUGUCUGACUAUUUGGGACAUGGUCAAGGCUAUUGCCGGGAAAGGGAUGCGGAUUGGGGAGGUGAAAGUUGUGAGAAAGGAGGGCGGGAAGAGUGGAGACUGGGUACGCUACAAUUAG